GUUUGUGGGUGUAUGGUACGCACGAAACUAAUACUAAUGUAUAUGUUGAUGUCGGCCAUCUUUUACUUUGAUAAUAUUAUUAUUAUAUGUUACACACUUACACACUGACACUUGUAAACUCAUACUGUGUGUACGUGUGACGUGUGUUGUUAGUACGCUAUUCGUUGUAGUUUGUUGCAGUCGUAGUUUGUUGUAGUCACUAGCGUCUAAACUAGUUAAUACUUGUACUAUAUUCUCUCCCGUAGAAUACAGUUUACGUAUUAUCGCACGUUUGGCGUCGCAUUAAACAAAUUGUAAUCCUGCAAUUGUUGUAUAGCGUUAUAGUUGAAUUAACUUUGGUUGACAGUCAUAAGCGUCCAGCACCAGAAACCAAAACCGCACUUGUCUUAAGAACGUCAACAAACCGUAGCGAGAAUGUCGUCAAUCAUCAAUGAAAAUCAAGGUGCAGAACAAUCCACCUCGAUGACAACAAACGUAGCUACCAGUUCCACGGAUAAAACCAUUGAUAUCGACGGCCAGAGCAUGCCUGCGGCUGAUCCAAAUGCUGGUGAAUCAAAUGAGGUGGUCGAAAAAAAGUAUUCGGCCACUAUCGAGGAGUACAUCCGCCUGCGCGUCAUCACUGCUGAUAUGUCUAACGAAGUACACUUUCGUGUAAAAGCCGCCACAUCCUUGCUUCGCCUGAAACGUUCAUACUGCAACAAGUUGGGUUUUCAAGUGAAUGAAUUACGUUUUGUGUUUGAUGGUCAUCGUAUAACUGACAUAGAUACUCCAAAAUCAUUAGGCAUGAUGAAUGACGAUGUAAUUGAAAUAUACCAAGAGAGAAUCGGUGGUAUGUGAUGCGAACGUAUAAAGUACAUUUUGUUUUUAAUUUAAAAUCCAUGGGUUUCUUACUGAAGUAUCUUAAAAAUUAAUUCUUAUCUCAAAGUAAUUAUGUAUUUUACAAACAAUAUAAUAAUAAUAUGUUAAAGGUGGUUUUUCAAUAACAGCAUUUUUCAAUUCCAAAAAUAGUCUAAAAUGUCAGAAUUAUACAAAAUUCAAAAUUGUUAACAAAGUUUAAACUUUACUUCUAUAGAAAAAUUAUGUUAGCUAUAAUUGUCUUCUUAAUUAAAAUUAAAUAUACAGAAUGAUCUAGGGUUUCCUCAUUUUUUGUGUUUACCUUGUAGCUUAUGGGGACCAUUCUGAAUAAUAUCCUAUAAUUUAUAUCAAUUUUAUUUUAGUGAAUUAUUGUACCGAUAAUAAAGUUUUAGCAAUUAUUUAGAAUAAUACUGUUUAUAUGUUUUAGUACCACCAAUAACUGGAUAAUGAUACAAUUGUUUUUAAUGCAUUUUUGAUCUAUCACCACAUAUUAUAUACAUUUAUUUUACAAUUCUUUCUUUAUCUUAAGAUGAAAUACCUUCAUCUUACCAUUCAGUAUUUUGUAACUAUAAUA